AUGCUCAGACGCGCCGCCGUAGCCGCCACAACGGCCGCAGCGAGCAUAGCACUCGUCCAGGCCGACUCCGUCGUGAGGGACAACUCGUCGACCUGGUGGCAGACGGUCGACCCCGUCCAGACUUUCCACUCGUCGCCGCUCACACCGCCAGAGUUCAACGUCCUCACUUACGACAUGAGCAAGCCGAUUGAUGGGAACUACACGAUGCUGUCGUACCGGGGGACGGGGACCUCGCAGCCAGCGCCCCUGAUCAUGGACAACAACGGCUCUCUGAUCUGGUCGGGUGCCGAGGACGGCUACACCGACUCGAUGAACACAAUUGUGCAGAAGUACCGCGGAGAGGACGUCUUGACGUUCUUCUCGGGCCAGUUCUAUUCGGCGGGCUACGGCGUCGGCCACUGGAACCUCCUCUCGAGCAACUACAGCCUCAUAAAGCAGGUCUCGACCAUCAACUCGACGAGCAACGCGGCCGACAACGCCGCCGACUUUCACGAGUUCCUCCUCACGGAGAACAACACGGCGCUCGUCGAGGCGUGGCGACUCACCGAGACCGACUUGACGCCGUCGAACGGCACGGGGACGGGCUGGACGUUUGACUGCGUCUUCCAGGAGGUGGACCUCUCGGGCGAAACGGACAAGCUCAUGUUCGAAUGGAGCGCGCUCGCGCACAUGAACACGGGCGAGUCAUACUUCACGGUCCAGGAUGACGGCAACUCGAGCUCAAAGCCGUUCGAUUGGUGCCACAUCAACUCGCUCGAGAAGGUGUCCAGCACGGGCAACUGGCUCGUCAGCUUGCGCGGCCCGUCGACGAUUUACUACAUCGACGGCCAGAACGGCGACAUCCUGUGGCGUCUCGGCGGCAAGAACAGCAACUUCACGAUGGGAACGAACGCGACCUUUUGGUAUCAGCACGACGCUCGCGUCAUGGCCGGGCAAGACGUCACAUCGGGGCGCUUCAACAUCUCGCUUUUCGACAAUGCCGCUGGCGGCGGAGCACCCUCUGAACCUACUGCUCGCGGUCUCGUCCUCGAGCUCGACACGAACGCCUGGACUGCGACGGUCAUGCAGGAGUGGAUUCCCUCGUUCAACAACGUCGCUCCGUCGCAAGGUUCCGUCCAGCCGCUCGACAACGGCAACACUUUCAUCGGAUGGGGAGCUGUGCCCUACUUUACCGAGUAUGCGCCCGACGGAUCAAUCGUGCAAGAUGUCACUUUCGGCACGACUGAGAACCUCGUCAUGUCGUACCGCGCCUUCAAGCAAUCCUGGUCAGGCAACCCGCUCACUUCGCCCUCCGUCGCCGUCAACUCGUCCUCCGCCUACGCAUCCUGGAACGGCGCGACGAGCGUCGCACGCUGGGUACUCCUCGGCGGCGCGAACGAGUCGAGCGUGACGACACAGCUGGCCAAUACGACGAAGACCGGUUUCGAGACGCAAGUCGGGAACGUCAACUCCAGCUUCCCCUUUGUUGCGGUCGCCGCUCUCAGCUCAGACGGUACCUGCCUCGGCUCGUCGUAUGUCUACUCCACCAACUCGAUGAACACGACCUCGCAGCAAGCCAGCUGCCCGAGCGGUCUCAAGGUUGCGUCGCCUGGCACGAACGGCACGUCGGCGGCGUCGGGCUCGUCGGCCGCGAGUGGCUCGACUUCGGCUGCUGGAAGGAGCGGAGCAGUCGAUGCGCUCGUUGCGGGUGCGGCGCUGGUCGCUGGCGCUUUCGUUCUCGCCUAA